AUGGCUUUUACACCAUAUCAACUCUUCCUUGCUGGUCUUAUGUUAAUAACUGGAACUAUAAAUACUUUAUCGACAAAAUGGGCUGAUAGACAAGAGGCACAUUUUUGUAAUCGAACAGCUGAACCAAAACAAUUUGAGCAUCCAUUUCUUCAAGCCGUUGGCAUGUUUGUGGGUGAAUUUUUAUGUUUAUUAGUAUUUAAAUUUAUUUGGUAUUCAACAGCUCAUUAUCGUAUUGCUCAAAUGACGUAUAAAGGCAAUUCAUCAUCUAAAAUUGUUCAACAUUGGCCAUUACAAAUUAAGAAAGAUGUACAUUUACUUGAUGGUGAACAAGUAUUUAAUCCACUUAUAUUUUGGAUAGCAUCAAUAUUUGAUAUGCUUUCAACAUGUUUAUCUUAUUUUGCAUUAAAUUUGACAACUGCUAGUUCAUUUCAAAUGUUAAGAGGUUCAGUGAUGGUUUUUACGGCUAUAUUCAGUGUAAUAUUUCUUAGAAAACGAUUAAGUCUUAUUCAUUGGCUUGGUAUUCUUACUGUUGUUGCUGGUCUAGUUGUCGUCGGUGUAUCGGAUCUUUUAUUUAGUAAAGAAUCAGAAGGCAAUCAUACAGGUAUUCAAAAGCUUCUUGGUAUUUUUCUUAUAAUUCUGGCAAUGAUAUUUACCAGUUUACAAGUCGUAUAUGAAGAACGUUUCAUUGGUAAAUAUAAUAUUCCACCAUUACAAGCUGUUGGUUGGGAAGGAAUAUUUGGUUUUUGUACACUUGGUCUUCUUCUUAUUCCAUUUCAUUUUAUUCAUAUGAAAGGAUCAAAUUCAGGUCCUGAUCAUCGUCUUGAAGAUUUACCAUCAGCAUUUUGUCAAAUGGCUGAUAAUUAUAAAAUUAUUAUUGCAACAGUUGGAAAUAUACUUUCAAUUGCAUUUUUUAAUUUUGCUGGUAUAUCUGUAACAAAAGAAUUAUCAUCAACAACUCGUAUGGUACUUGAUAGCGGUCGAACAUUACUUAUAUGGGCUAUCUCAUUAGCAUUGGCAUGGCAAAAAUUUUAUCCAUUACAAAUUGCAGGUUUUUUUCUUUUAGUUGUUGGGAUGGGUAUUUAUAAUGGUGUAUGGAUGCAUAUAUAUCAUCAAAUUCAAGGUUAUAGAGGAAAACCAAUGGAUCGUACACCAUUAUUGCCUAGUUAUGAUGAGGCUAAUACAUUUCCACCAAAUCGAGGUGUAUCAAAUACUCCAUCAGGUGCAGAAGUUUAUAUUGCUCCACACAAAGAUUCAAUUAAUCCAUAA